GCAAGCGCUAGUACCGAAACUUCGGCAUCGUUCAUCAUGCAACAAGCUUCUUGAUUCAUAGUCACUAGGUGCGGGUAAGUUACUUACGAAAUACAUACAGUAGCCUGGGGCGCAACGAUAGCUAUCGAACAAUCAUAUCAGGCUGAACUUGUAUGAAAGCGGCAGGAGUGAGAGUCAGCGCUAGCUUCGGCUAAGCAUCUAAUAUGGUAAACCGACUCAACUCCCGAAACCCAUCUGAUCAAAGACCUGCCUCUCCCUAUAGGGCCUCCUCCUUAAGAGGUACAACAGUACCCUCGCAAGCAACCCCACGGCCUCAGCUCCAGUUGUCAGCCUAUUCCUCGUACUAUACUCCACAAAUAGUGCAGCAACCUGUCCCGAAUUCAUUUUCUUUUGAUCCCACGCCUCCACAGCCGCUCUGCUUCCACAUCCACCAAUCCUUCUCUGCGCCUACAGCAUCAAGCGCGGAAGCUGGCAAAUCGGCACCAUUCCCCUUCACAAAACUCAGUGUACUACCUUCCUCGGCGCCAACAUCCAUAUCGGCACAAGCUAACCCACCGUCGAUAUUUGGGGCACUUUUAAUCAACGCUACCCGGCUUCUGCUCCAUGAGUUCGCACCUGUCCCGCUGAAGUUUGACUUUGGCAAGAAACCUGCUAGCACGAUCCCCAAGCCUGCUGCUACAUUACAACUGCUGACGACGCCGCAAAACAGACUAGCCCGUUCUCGGCGACUACUCUCCAAUUCAGUUCCAUGGGAUCUAGUUCACCGUAGAAGUUCCCGUUCGGUCACGUCGGCAUCAGUAUUUGAUUCUGGUAGCAUUAAUGCCACUGCUGCAUCAAAACCUACUGUGACCUCGGAAGCGCCCAAGCCCGAAGGAGCAGGGACUGAACCGCCCAACUCCGGUAGUUCAGCCUAUCUGGCUUUACAGGUGCUUCAUUGGCACCCAAGUCGACGCCAAACUUUGGAGCACCGUCGGGUUUGCCACAGCUCCGUCGUCGAGUGGUGAUGCAAAGAAGAUGGAUGCUCUAUUAUGAAUCUUUGGCGCCGCAAGGCUACCAAGGAAGAUAUAUAGAAGCAAGGUUGGCGCUUCUACACCUGCAGUCUUCGGUGGUUUCGGCUUUGGUGCAGAUGCAAACAGCGUCGCGAGUAAAAUCUUUGACAAGUCCAGUGCUUCAUAACCCAGUGGUGAUGCAAGCACGUCUACGUCGACUCCCAAGAGUGUAUUUGGCAAUGCCACGUCGAACAAUAUAUUCUCUAUAACUCCUGCUGGAUCUACUGUUGUAUUUGAUAGUGCCCAACUGGGUGCUUUUACGUUUGGCAAUGGGUCAACCAAGCCUGAGAUA